AGCGCGAUUGGCUGUAGAGACUCGCGACGGCGGCUCCUAUUGGCUGGGGCAGCCCCCGUGACGCCGGGUGGCGACUGGCUCCCGGGUCUGAGGGGCUCCUGCUUGUCAGGUUCUAGAGAUGUGCUGACUAGCAGGCUCACUUGUACGGUGUAGAAGACAAGCAGUACCUUACAAAAUGGGAUUUGGGAGUGACCUGCGGAACUCACAGGAAGCUGUGUUAAAGUUGCAGGACUGGGAAUUACGGUUCCUGGAAACAGUGAAGAAAUUUAUGGCCCUGAGAAUAAAAAGCGAUAAAGAAUAUGCAUGCAAUUUACAGAAUCUCUGUAAUCAAGUUGAUAAAGAAAGCACUGUGCAGGUGAAUUACGUCAGUAAUGUGUCCAAGUCUUGGCUACUGAUGAUUCAGCAGACAGAGCAGCUUAGUAGGAUAAUGAAGACGCACGCAGAGGACCUGAACUCCGGGCCCUUGCACAGGCUCACCAUGAUGAUCAAGGACAAACAGCAGGUGAAGAAGAGCUACGUGGGCAUCCACCAGCAGAUAGAGGCAGAGAUGAUCAAGGUCACAAAGACAGAAUUGGAGAAAUUAAAAUCCAGCUAUCGACAGUUAAUAAAAGAAAUGAAUUCUGCCAAAGAGAAAUAUAAAGAAGCCUUAGCCAAAGGGAAGGAAACAGAAAAGGCCAAGGAGCGCUAUGACAAAGCUACAAUGAAGCUUCAUAUGCUGCAUAAUCAGUAUGUAUUGGCACUGAAGGGGGCCCAGCUCCAUCAGAGUCAGUAUUACGAUACCACACUUCCUCUGCUGCUGGACUCUGUGCAAAAGAUGCAAGAAGAAAUGAUAAAAGCACUAAAAGGUAUAUUUGAUGAAUAUAGCCAGAUAACAAGCCUUGUUACAGAGGAAAUAGUGAAUGUCCAUAAAGAGAUUCAGAUGUCCGUCGAACAGAUAGACCCUAGCACAGAAUAUAAUAAUUUCAUAGAUGUUCACAGAACAACAGCUGCUAAAGAACAAGAAAUCGAAUUUGAUACUUCCUUAUUAGAAGAAAAUGAAAACCUUCAGGCAAAUGAGAUCAUGUGGAAUAAUUUAACAGCAGACAGUUUGCAAGUAAUGCUGAAGACUUUAGCAGAAGAGCUCACGCAGACACAGCAGAUGCUCUUAAACAAGGAGGAGGCUGUCCUGGAGCUGGAGAAGAGGAUUGAAGAAUCUUCUGAGACCUGUGAAAAGAAGUCUGACAUUGUGCUGCUUCUGGGCCAAAAACAGGCACUUGAAGAGUUGAAGCAGUCAGUCCAGCAGUUGAGAUGCACUGAGGCAAAGUGUGCAGCACAGAAGGAAUUAUUGGAGCAAAAAGUACAAGAAAAUGACGGGAAAGAACCGCCUCCCGUGGUGAAUUACGAAGAAGAUGCGCGAUCAGUCACAUCGAUGGGGUUUGAUUCACUGUGUGAAGAAUGCGACCAGAGAAGGACACAGAGACAACCCAAAUGGAUUUCUUCCAACACUAAGAAGGAGCGAAAAGAGAGGCUAUCCAAAUUUGAAUCUAUUCGUCAUUCAAUUGCUGGAAUAAUUAGGUCUCCAAAAUCGGCUCUGGGCUCAUCAACACUCUCUGAAAUGACCUCUAUGAGUGAGAAGCCCCUGGCGGAGCAUGACUGGUACCAUGGCGCAAUCCCCAGGAUAGAGGCCCAAGAGCUACUGAGGCAGCAAGGAGACUUCUUGGUGCGCGAGAGCCAUGGGAAACCCGGUGAAUAUGUCCUUUCUGUGUACUCAGAUGGGCAGAGGAGACACUUCAUCAUACAGUUUGUCGAUAAUCUGUAUCGAUUUGAGGGCACUGGGUUUUCAAACAUCCCUCAACUUAUAGAUCACCACUUCUCAACAAAACAGGUCAUCACCAAGAAGUCUGGGGUGGUUCUGCUGAAUCCUAUUCCUAAGGAUAAGAAAUGGAUUCUCAAUCAUGAAGAUGUUACAUUGGGAGCAUUACUGGGCAAGGGGAAUUUUGGUGAAGUAUAUAAAGGGACACUAAAGGAUAAAACUGCUGUUGCUGUUAAAACGUGCAAAGAAGAUCUUCCUCAGGAAUUAAAAAUCAAAUUUUUACAGGAAGCCAAAAUUCUCAAGCAAUAUGAUCACCCCAAUAUUGUCAAACUUAUAGGCGUGUGCACACAGAGACAACCUGUCUACAUCAUUAUGGAACUGGUUCCAGGAGGUGAUUUCCUGUCCUUUCUGAGGAAGAGGAAGGAUGAACUAAAGCUCAAGCAGCUAGUCAGGUUUUCCUUGGAUGUUGCAGCUGGCAUGUUGUAUCUCGAGAGCAAGAACUGUAUACACAGGGACCUGGCUGCAAGAAACUGCCUGGUAGGUGAAAAUAAUAUUCUGAAAAUCAGUGAUUUUGGAAUGUCUCGGCAAGAAGAUGGCGGAAUAUAUUCAUCCUCUGGCUUAAAGCAGAUUCCCAUUAAAUGGACAGCACCAGAAGCUCUUAAUUACGGGAGAUACAGCUCUGAAAGUGACGUGUGGAGCUUUGGCAUCCUCCUCUGGGAGACCUUCAGCCUAGGAGUCUGUCCAUACCCUGGAAUGACAAACCAGCAGGCCCGGGAGCAGGUGGAAAGAGGAUACCGGAUGUCAGCCCCACAGAACUGUCCAGAGGAGAUUUCUAAAAUCAUGAUGAAGUGUUGGGAUUACAAGCCUGAGAACCGCCCUCGGUUCAGCGACCUUCACAAAGAGCUCACUGCCAUCAAGAAGAAAAUCACAUAGUGCCGGCCAGGGCCAGACUCCACCUGCAGGACUCUGUCCUCAGCCACCCCGACCUUACACCACCUUACUGCAGCCAUCUUGGAAGGUUAUGUUUUUUAUUAACCGGGUUUUUAAAAGUCCGUUCCACUUUAAAAAUAUGUUAAAGGCAAAUUUAUUCAAGAAAUAAACAGUCCUACCCAGGGCCGUAUUAGCUAACCACAGAACCCUACCGUGUGAGGCCACUGUAAAGAGAAAAGCACAGGUCUAACUGAGAAGAUAAAAGGCCUAUGUUUUCAUGCCUAGGACCACUCAUGCUCCGCCAAGGUUUUCUACUUGAGGCACAGCCCGUGGGCUACUGUCUUCUGCCACAGGCCCUCCUCAGUUGGUGCUAUAAACAACAGCGUUGGUAGCGCAUGCUCGCAGGACGCGUUCCCACCACAGUUGGCUCUCUCCUCUGCCAAGUCGAGAUUGUAUCUAUAAAUAUAAUCAUAUAUUGGGAAUUACUUGGACCUCCUAGGGUUUUUCUUUUCUUUCCUGUCAGAACAAGCCCGGGGAGAACAUCACACCCCUGCCAUUUUGUCUUUUACCUCCUCAGUCCAGGCUGCAGAAAAUGGUGCUUGGAAAAUUCCCAGAGAGCACACAGAAUGGAGGCAGCAGCUCCCGCAGGACACUGCAGAGGACAGGGAUGACAAGAAGUGUGUGACCAGGAGGGCAGGCUGGGGGAAUAGCAGCUAGCCAGUGCCCGACAGGGGAAGAAAACAACAGCCUGCUUGCCUUCCAGACUUGCACCUUUACAAUACACUGUAUCUGUGGUCUGAGUUCCCUAACGAAGCCCAGAACAUGUCUCAGGAGCUCAUGGAGUCCAGAGGAGACUUUCUGAGAGAUCCUGAGGUCGGCAGAAGGAACAGCAUGACCUUAAUCGUGUACCUUCAUCCUAGGGGACAACCCAGAAUGGAAUUACCGUCAUUUGUGCCAGUUCCUGAACCAUGGCUCCCAUCCACAUACAUCUACUGAAGUGCACAGUAGCUAUGAAUGAAAUAGAUGAACGAGAAAUCAAGUAACUGUCAAUGAAGAAACCCUAGGGCACCCACACUUCCAUCUCCUCUUUUCAUCUAAAGGCAGUACCCGGAAAUCUUACUGAUAGCUCAUGGAUAUGCAAGCACACACAUCUUUAAAGGUGUCUCCUGUGUAUCAAGUGUAGGGCAGUUCAGUCUAAGAUUUGGUUGAAGUGAAUCUUAGCUGUGUGCAGGGAACUUCCCCAUGAUCUAUCCACAGUUGUCUCAGGAUCAGUGUGUCUGGGGGAUAGUCUCACUCAGGGGAAGAUGUGGCCCGGAAGCCUUCACUAAGUCCUCAGGCCUGGGUCCAGACCGCCAUCGCUUUAGAGACUACUGAGUCUGUAUUAAAGAGCUCACGACGGCAAGUCCCGCCCUCCCGGGUGUGUAGAGCACAGACCAGACUCCAAAGAGAAGAAUGGCUCGUAUCUGUCAUUCCACCCUCCUUGCUCAUUUUAUACGCAUGUAAUGAUCAUACGUGCAGACUACAGAAAAGGGCGUAUGAGCCUGCCCACAGCAGUACACUGCCCCACACAGAGCAGCCCCGUCAUCGGCACCCACCGCACUCCCGCAGGUCAGACACCACACACAAGCUUAGCUCCCAUGUCAUGGCACACACCACGGAAACCCAAGUGCAGACUCCAGAAUUCAGACUCGGUGCUGUGCUGCUCUCCAGGCAUCUGCCGGCCCUCGGAGAUAAGACGUUCCCUUUUCAGGGUUUCCAAGUGAAUCUGUCUAUAAUACAAUUUUUGUCCACGAGAAAGAAAGAACAGCCUCUCAGAACUACACUCCCGGCCACGGAAAGGAGACUGACUUGGCUCUAACUCUGUGAACAAGACCCGAAGCUUAAUCCUUGCAUUCUGCUUUAAAGAGAACAUGGCAUUGAUAAUUUCACUCAUCUCGGCUGUUGGGAUUUGCAAUUCACAUCAAAACUCUUUGCUUAAAUUAAAAAGGCUUUUCAAAACAUCGUGA